AUCAGUUGAAGCAUAAUUCAAUUUGAACGUCUGAAAGAGAAGAAGAAUGGAGGAUCUGAUAUCGAACUUCAACAAAACCCUAGCGCCAUUUUGCAACCAUCUUCAAAACAGCUGCAAUGCCCUCAAGCAGUCCGUCGAUCGCCGCCCCAUUCCUCUCGAUUCGGCAUCAUCGACCUUCAUACAAUCUCUCAACCGCCGCGUGUCGGCUGUUAGUGUUGAUCUCAGUUUGCUCGAAUCAAGGUCCUUAGAAACAGUAUCCCUUGAGGAGCUGUUAGGGCACGUCAGUGAAGUUUACAAGAAGAACGAAAGCGAUCUCCAAGAGAUACAAAAGCAGCUUAAGGGCGUCGGAUACGUUCCAGAGUUCGAGAUCGAUGAAGAAGACGAAAAUUAUAACCAUGCAUUAACAUCUGGAUUGCGUUUCGAGCUUUCAAGCUCCAAGGAUGGAUUGAACAUACCGUCUUCAUACCAGAGAUCGGUCUCUAUGACAGGACUUGCCAAGCAUAAUUUCGAAGAUGACAUACUACUCGAUGACUCUUUAAGUUUACAAAAUGCUGGGCUUUCAGAUGUUUGUCUGGCUACAUUAGCAUCUGAAGGUAACUCCAGGUUUGAUGAUCCGUAUGCGGAUUUUCAUACCCCGAAAAAGUUCUUAGGGAAACCACUUGACUCCAAUUUUCCAUGCCAAUCUGCUGCACAAAUUGGAGUGUCUGAAGCAGAGGAAGGUGAAGAUUACUUGAAAUAUGAAGAAGCCAUUUCACCUUCAAUUAAGCUAUCAAAGGAUGACUUUGAAAGUAUCCCAUCAUAUAUGAAGAGCCUAGCAUCAUGGGAGGACCUCAUCGUGGCCGUUGAGAAGAUCAACUCAUGUCUGAAAAUGAAAGCCAAGGGAGAAAAUUACAUCUUUCAAGACGAAGUUUCAUCAAUGGGCCUUGGUCCCAAAGCGAGAUCUUUUCUGAUGAUACUUGUGCGAAUGAAGCGGGUUGUUGUGGAGACGGUUGAUGAUCAGAUAUCCUACAGGGUCCUAUAGACUGGAUAUACAAUAAAAUUGACGACAACAAACAGGAAUCACUCUGGGGGACAAUUUUAAAAUGGAGGUGUAUUCUUUAUAAGCAGCUAAGUGAUUCACUGAACAAACUGAGUUAUUGUGAUGAUACCUUUCUUUACUUCUUUA